GCGGGUGGAAUAGACCGGUCGAGGUGUAAUGCUGAAUAAGGGGAUGUGCUUGUUCUCUCUUGUCAGGAAGCUUGAAAAGAAGAGGCUGUCAAGAUGCCUGAGACUGGCGGCGCAUCGGAUGGCGCCAGGAAGGGCCUGACGCUCGAUGACCUCAUCGCGGCUAUUGACCGGGCAAUCAAGGCAACGGAGGAAGGGGUGGAGGAAGGGGGCGAGGCAGGAAUGGCGGCGGACAAGGAGGACAAUGGAAUGGUCAAGGUCGGGGGAACCAAGGCCAGGGGCAUCAAGGCCAAGGGGACCAAGGCCAGGGGGAUCAGGGAAGUCAAGGCCCCAAGGCUCCGCGAUGAAUUGAAGGGGAGGUUGUCACGGCGCCUGGUGCCUAAUGUCCAUCUAGGUACGAUCCUGCCCAAAGAGGCCGAGUGGGCGGAAUCGGGCACGAAAAUGGACUGGAAAUGCGUGGCCUGCGGCACAGUGGACUUGGUGGUAAAGGGCUCCAAGUGUGCGGCGAUGGUGGACACGGGAGCUGAAAUGAACAUCAUCAGAGAGGCCGAUGCAAUCAGGUUUGGGCUGGAUAUAGACCGAUCUGAUUGCAGGAUUCUACAUGGGGCCAGCUGCAAGGCCGUGUUUUGUGGGACAGCCUCGAAUGUACUCAUCAAGGUUGGGAAGGUAAAGGCCCGGGCUUGUUUCUUCAUCAUGCCGGACGUGGAUCACGGAAUCCUCCUGGGGAGGUCAUUCCUGAGCAGGACGGAGACCGUGAUGUUCAAUAAGCAUGACGGGACGUUAAUUCUCCUCCUAUGUGACCCUGCCUGCGGGAAUUACGAGAUAAUCACCUGCAGAAAUACAGGGCCAAGAAGCAUAAGGAACCGGCCCAACCUAGGAUCCUUCACAAUCGAAGAGUCGGAAAGUGAGCGCCGGAGGCUCCGAGCAGAGCCAGAAGGAGAAGAGAAGGUGGAAGCAUUUUCCCUCAGCCUGCCGGACGUCGAGAAGGCCAUGGACUUGGUGGCCGCGCAUGAGAUGGCAGAUCCGGAUGCCAUUCAGGCCCUGAGGGAGCAGGUCCUGGAAUGCCCCGAGGCGGGAAGGUUGGAGCUGGUAUAUCGUCUUCCGGACGGCAGGAGGAACCCCGCAUCAGCGCAGGCGCAAUCUGAACGAACGUUGAUGGUGGAGUUGAUGAAGAGGAGGCAUCGCGCCUAUGCGUUUGGUGACGAGGAGCGUGGCAGGCUGGAUGUGGACAAGAUACCUAUGAUCCGCAUCCACAUCGUGCCACACGAGCCUUGGAACAUGAGAGGGGCGCGAUAUCCUAAUCCUGACGAGGAAGAGAAGGUGGUGGAUUACCUCGACGGCAAGAUACGUACGCACGCCGCCGACUAUUCGAGUGGACCAUAUGUGUCCCCGUGGUUCUGCUUCAUCAAGCCUAACGGGACGCUGCGGUGGGUGCAAGAUUUGAAGAGGCUAAAUGCGGUGACCGUGCGGGAUGCUGGAGGACUGCCAAAUGCGGACGCCCUGUCAGAAUCCUGUGUUGGGAAGCCGAUAAUUUCGCUUAUAGACCUUUACUCUAGAUAUGACCAGUUUCCGGUCUAUCCGCCGGACAGGCCGGUGGCGGCUAUGCACACGCCGCGAGGACUAAUUCACAUGAACGUGGCCCCGCAGGGGUGGACCAACGCGGUAGCAAUGGUCCAACGGGCCAUGAUUCGGGCUAUGCAGUCAGUCAGCCCCCAUAUCACACAGCCAUACAUCGACGAUUUGGCGGUGAAGGGGCCGGCAGUGAAGGAGAGUGACGAAGUCUUGCCAGGGAGAAUGUGGACGAAGUGCCCGAGCCAGGACGACGAGCUCGAGGAGGGGGAGAUUAAGGAGGUCUUUCGUGCAGAGGAGUAUAACGGGAACUACCUAGAGCUGGGACUCCUUCUGUCUUGCGAGAUGCGGCUAAGGGAUGCGAGCGAUAGGGCUCAAAGGAUGAUGCAGCGCUACUUAGUGCGAGACGGUCAUCUUUUCGUAAGGAGAGAAGUAGGGAAUCCCAGGAGAGUCGUCUGCGGUAGGAACCGUCAGAUUGACGUCAUAGCAGUACUUCAUGACGGCAUUGCAGGAGGGCAUCGAGGGGUUCAAGCCACGUAUGUCAAAAUAAGUGAGUUGUACUACUGGGAUGGGAUGAUGGACAUGAUCGGGAAGUUUUGCCGACCUUGCGUACCCUGCCAGGAGAGAUCCCGUUUCAGGCAAGGAGAGCCACUACAUCCAAGAUUAGAGCAAGAGGUGGGGGCUGUAGUGCAUCUCGAUCUACUUUUCAUGCCGCUUGGGGAUCAGGGCUAUAACUACAUCUUCGAUGCGCGCGAUAACCUGUCUGGCUUCGUAGAUGGGCGCGCCAUUCGUACCAAGAUUGGGCCAGUCUUAGUUAGCUGCAUCGAGGAGUACUACCUGCGUUAUCCUUUCGUCAGGGAGUUCGUAAUGGACAGGGGAUCUGAGUUUACCUGCCAGGAGGUGCAAAAACUGCUAUCAAGGUCUGACUUUACGAAGAUAGCCAUGCCAAGGGGAGGGAAAGGGACACGGCCGCCGCGAAGGCCGUUGGGGGCAUCAGAAGGAUAUGAGCGGCAUGGGCCUCGCCAUCGAGAGAGUACUCCGGUGUACGAUGAUGGGGACAUCGAGCUAUUCCUGGACAGUUUCUGGGAACAUGCGAGGCAUACGGGCUGGACCGUGGCCCGGGCGAUUGAGAGAUUGAGGGGAGCCGGCAGAUUUGAGGAGCCCAUUGCCCGGAUCCGUAGAGAGGCGACGACGAGGCCAGAGGUGGAGAUGAGGAUGCAGGAGCUACGGCCCUCGCCAGUGGGACCAAAUGGCAGGCCGAUCUGCCUAGAGAUCGGAAAUGCGGCAGACUUUAUUCCCGCCUUCGAGUGGUUCAUGCAGGGGCAGGGCAAGGAGCGUGGAGGACAAGCAGAGGAAGUGCCACGAGAGGGGGUGCCACGAGAGGGGGUGCCACGUGAGGAGGUGCCACGUGAGGAGGUGCCACGUGAGGAGGUGCCACGAGAGGAGAUGCCACGAAAGGGGGUUCGGGAUACUCAGCGAGAGAGAGGGUUGGGCGAUGAGGGGAGACGUGCAGGGAAGGAAGUGAUAGAGGUUGGAGAGGACAUGCCCCCUCAGACGCCACCGGUGGGUUUGAGACUCGGGGAUGCACCAGGGAGCACUCGCCAGUCAGGAGAGGGGCUGCAGAGAGAGGAGGCCCCAUUGCCUUCAUCAGAAAAGGCUCCUUCACCAGAAAGGAGAGCAGAAAGAAGGAGAGAGACCGCAAGCGUGAGGAGAGAAGCCUUGGCCUUGAUUGAUAGGCACCUAGCAGCUCAUGCUCUGGAGCACCCAGACCUGGAGAAGCCAGCACCUGCAGAGCUGCGCCCAGAGCCGUGCCAGCCAGAGAAGGAGGUGGAGGCAAAGAUCCCGAAGAGGGUUGACCUCCGCACGAGGGAGACGGCGCCGGCUGGAGAAACAGCCGAAGAAAAUAGGGCGAGAAAAAGCAGGAGGAUAGAAGAGAUAUGGCAAGAGAGGCAGAGGUUGGAGGCAGCGGGGGCACUUCCGGAGCAGCAGCAGGAAAGGCAGAGAUUGGAGGCAGCAGGGGCACUCCCGAGUCAGCCACCCAGCACGCCAGCUAAGGCCCCGGAAAUCCCAGAGAUGUGGAGAGACUUCUGGGAACAGAGAGGAGAGGAGCUUCCUUCACCAACCAGAGUCGGGUUUGGGGUAGCGAGGAAGGCAGAGGAAAGGUUGGAUCGCAAAAUCAAGUUCCUGGCCAAGACAACUUUUGACCGGCACUUGUUAUUGGAGAGCGAUCUGGCGGGGAAGAAGACAAAGGAAGAAGGCCAUGGAGUACGUCUGGAGGCUAUGAAGGUGGAAAUCCAGGAGCUCAGGGCAUUGGUGGCCAGUCAGGCAGCUAUCAUCGAGAGCCUGAGGCAGCAAUCUCAGGGAAGGGCGGACAAGCCGGAGAGCAGCCGGCAGGGAGAGCAGAGGCAGCCAGGACACGGGUUGUCGGGGCAGCCAUCUGUAGCAGAGUCUCGCCAGGAGCCACCUAUGGGGAGAGUUAUCCUGGAGCCAGAGGAGGCGAGAGCACAGAGGGAGGCAGAGAGGGAGGCCUUUGAGUUCAGAGCCCCUAUUGAGCUCGCGACGCUACCUAUAGCAGCGGCGGGCCCAGUCAUACCAUUGGCAGGAGAGGAGGGGCUACCACCAUCCAGCAGUGAGCCAGCUCAGGGCUCGGCAGAGGGAUUCAUGAACGUGCUCCUUGAGGCAGUGCACUCGAUGCAGGAGGAGGCGAGUUUGUUUUUGCCUGAGCAGAGGAUAGAGGACCCUCUUGAGAGAGAGAUGGGGAUUGAGACAGAGGGUGUCGUCGAGGGCAGGCCCUAGAGAUUGGAUACGCCUGAGUUUGGUCCGGAGGAGAUUGAGGUUCGACCAGGGCCAAGUACCCAGAGGUUGGAGACAGGAGAGGAGCCUUUGGGUAUGCCUUAUAGCCAUGAGC